AUGUCUACCGAACCUCUGCCAGAUCACUACCGGGCCCUCGGGAUAGACAAGGACGCCGAUGCCGCGACCAUCAAGAAGACAUACCGCAAGCUCGUCCUCACCUGCCACCCCGACAAGGUCACCGACGAGGCCCUGAAGGCGCAGAAGCAGGACGAGUUCCACAAGAUCCAGCAGGCCUACGAGACGCUGAGCGAUGAGACGCGCCGGGCGACGUACGAGGCCGAGCUGAGGCUCCAGCUGCUGCGUCGCGAGAAGCUUGCCCGCAUUGCCACCGAGCCAAAGACCACACGCUUUGCACAACCCGCUUCUGGCGGCUCUCACACUGCCCACACUGCCCAUACUGCCCACACAGCCCACAUGGCUUCGCGUUACGCCACCGAGGAGCGCAGACCUUCAGGCGCAACCCCGUCGCGCCGCAGCGAGCACGACGACGACUACUACCGCUCGAGCCGCAAAGACUCGUACUUCCCCGCGCAGAGACGCCAGUCGCCGAGGCCCAGCCCGUCUUCGCGAUCCUCCAGGGAAAAGGUCGAGAAGGAAGUCCGGAGAGAGAAGGCCGCUACCGACCGCACGCGAUCGAGCACGCAGAAGACGCGCGACAGCGAACGCCGAGACCGCACCGCCCGCUUCCCGGUCGAGAGCGAGGGCUCGUCUGAGGAGGAGCGCGCCCGCUUCGUCUACCAGACGCGCCCCGCCGAGGACGACUCACGUCGCCGGGAGGAGUACCGCAGAGAGGACCGCAGGGACAGCCGCUACGACGUCAUGUUCGAGAACACGUCCCCCCGCAAGCUGAGCGUGCAGCUGACAAGAGAAGAAGCGGCCAAACGCUACAUCUUGAAGUCGCGCGCCACCGGCGCCACCGGCGCCGCCGCCGACACGCGUCCGUCGCCCGCCCGGACCACGUCGCGAGACUACUUCGAGCCCGGCAGCCGCUCCUCCCGGCACCGAGAGGUGCGCCCGGACCCUGCACCGCGCCGGUCAUCUGCUCGUCCCAAGGAGUCAUCGCGUGGCGCCCAGGACAUUGUCGACUGGGAAAAGCCGACGUUCGCCCAGUCGGCUUCGUCGCCCGCCGACAUUCGCAUCCCACCCCAGCGCUCCGCGACUGAUUCAUACCGUCGCUCCGAGCGUUCGCCACCACGCGCCCCCGGUCUGAACCGCUCCGCCACAAUGCCCAUGAACGCAGGCUCAGAGGCUGGCGGAUCGCGCCGCGAAGCUAGGAGGGAACCUGGCCGCUCUGGUCUCCGCAACGAGGCCCCCAGCAGCUCGGAACGCAGCACAUACCCGAGUAUCCCCGUGCCUCAGCAGAGCAAGACAUACUACACAUACAGCCAAGCCGAAGGAGGCGUAAAAGUCUCCGAGGCGCCCGCACACCACACCGUCCUCCGCGAACCAGGACGCACUCGCCACCGCUCGCCUUCGCCGAUUGGCAAGCCCCCCAUGGGCGCCAACCGACCUGGCUUGCACUCCGCCAAGACGUACGCCCCUGGUCGCUCGAGUCGCCAAUCCUCUCCUGUGCGCGAGGAGCGCGGCCGCACCGAGAGGAUGAAGUACGGCGAGAUGCCCUCCGACUACACCCGCAGACGCGGCAUAGGCGAGCGCCAGUCGAGCUACGACACCCACAACGUCUCCUAUGCACCAAAGUACGGGCCUGAGGACGUCAAAUGGGCAUCGAGGGGCAGGGAGUACGAGGAGCGCGCCCCCAAGCCCGGACUCGGUCGCGUCGCCACCUACGUGUACUGA